AUGCUUCGCGAAAGCGCUUCUGGCAAUGCGAACAACAACGGAAGCUUACCGCGCUCGCGAAGCGCGCAUUUAAAAAGUUUACACCACGUGGAAACGCAUCCUCUCGGUGGAGGAGGAGGAGGUGUUGGGAGUGGUUUACCGUUACACGCCACGUCCGGGGAGAAGUACCAGAAGGGAUUGAAGAGAAAGAAUUCGAAAGCGAAACGUACUACGAAUGGAUGGAAAGCGAUGAGUGCCACUCUGUUUGUUUUCGUGCACGUGUGUUCGAGCGCGUAUUAUUACAACAAGAUGAAAAGUGGAGGAAGUGAUAACGUCGAUGCGUUGGAUGGGAACGACGGGAAGAGCGAGACCAACCAACAAACGCCGUCGCGGUACGAUUUACUUUCCUCCGAGGAGGAUGAGGAUGAACAGGAUAGGAGUUUAUUGACGACGAAGUUGCGAUUGGAGCUCGAUGAAGCGAAAAGGCAGAUGUUGACGAUGAAAGAAGAGAGCCAAGUGAUGCAAAUGCAGCUGAGGGAUUUUCAGGCGAAAGGUAUGAGUGGUGGUAGUAGUAGCAGUAGUAGUAACAAAAAGAAUAACUUGCAACAAUCCGGAAACGUCGAGACGCAUUACGGUGGUAGUAGUAAUAAUAAUGGAGGAAUAGGAGGCGGGUUGUUGGUGUGGAAUUACGAGACGACUGGGCAACCGAUUGAGAUUAAAUCAACGCCGUCGGCGAACAGAGACGUCGCUUUAGAUUCGAGACCGUUCUUUUCCAUUGUCAUGGCGGCGUAUAAUCAAGGCGCGUACAUCGACGAGACGGUGAAAUCAGUCGCUGCGCAAUCGUACGAGCGGUGGGAAUUGAUCAUCGUUAACGACGGUAGCUCGGAUGAUUCGUGGGCAAAAGCCUCAAAUUUGAUGGAUAAGUAUGGAAAGAGAAGAAUCCGAUUGAUUAACAAACGCAACGGGGGGUUGGCGGAUGCUAGAAACGUCGGGAUGCGAUACGCGAGAGGCGAUUGGUUGUGCAUGUUGGAUUCGGACGAUUUGUUAGCGAGAGAUUAUUUGAGUCGAGCGGCAGAGCUCGUGGAGGAAGAGCACGGAAACGGAGGUGAUAUCGCAACAACUAUUUCGGGAGGACACAUUGGAACUGGAGGUGUGGACAUUAUCCCCGGGUGCAUGCGCAACUUUGACGCGGUCUCGUCUGAUUGGUGUUUUCCUGAAGGCUUCUCCAUCGUCGGCGUUUCGCACUGGAACAAAUUUCACGCCUCGGUUUUAAUGAAAGCUGAUUUGAUGAGAAAAGUUGGCGGGUACGAUCCAGGUAUCCCGUGGGGUUUGGAAGAUUGGAACUUUUGGUUGAACGCGGCGAAAUUUAACCCAAUCGUCCGGUUUGUACCGGAAAUUACGUUUUACUAUCGCCAUCAUAAAGGCACUUCCAUGCGCAAAAAGAUGUUUGCGGCGUAUUUAGAGCAAACGAAAGCGAUGGUUCGAACGAACCACGUUGAAUUAUACGAACCGGUGCAACUACUUCACGACCACGAAACGAUUGAAAACAUGCACGAAGACACGUUAAAAGCGUUGGAGAAGAAAAUGCAACAGUUUCCAUUACAGCCAAUGCCGUACUUUUGGAGAGCGUUGCGAAGGACGAAGAAAAUGGAAUACGAAGAAGCCAUCGAUGAUUUGAAAAUCGCGUUGAAUUUAACAACCUCGGAAAAACGAUACAAAUGGCAAAUGUAUUAUCGAUUGGCGCUUUUACACGAAGCGUUGGAGGAGUAUCCAGAGGCGGUGAAAGCCAUCAACGGCGCCUUCCGGGACGCGUAUUUCAACGAGAUUUUAUUGGUAAAGCACAGAUUGGAGCAAAAAGUCUUGGGCGAUCCAAAAGUUGUGUCCGCGCAUUUGGUCGAAGCGACACCCACGUAUUGGAAAUCUGAAAAAGAAAUGCACGAUAUCAACGAAGGAACGUUGGCUGGGAAACUUCUAAAAUCCGAGCAAUCUCACGAACUCUCUUCGUUAGUUGCCGAGCAAAUGCAACGCAUGAACGCGCUGUUGCAAAUAGCCACUACCAACCCGUGCGGCGAUCCGUCCGAGCCGUUACCGAAUAAAGGUGAAUUCAAUUUAGCUAAAAAUGGCAACUUUAACGCUCAAAAAGAUUAUUGGAACCCGUUUGGAUCUGGGUAUAACUUAGCACAGUCGUUAUCCCGCUCCGGUUCUGGACCGCAACCGUGCGCGCACGUCGAAAACGACAACGACGACGCCUCCUCGGGCUUCACGCAACUCAUCGAAAUCAACCAAAUUAAAUCAGAACCGCUGUUGGUAAAAAUGUGGUCAAAGUCCAAAGACGUUUCCGGUACUACCAAAGAUGCCGGGUACUCCUUAUAUGUCGACAUCUGGUACUCUGACGGUUCCAACGAUUGGGGGUUCAACGUUCCUUUUAACCCUGGAACGCACGGUUGGGAACGCGCCGCCGCAUUCAUCACCAAAGACAAGCCCAUCAAAUCUAUCCAAGUGUACGGCAUGUUGAGAGGUAAAGAAGGCGAAGCGUGGUUUGACGAUAUCACCGUCUCGAGAGGCAAAGACGCCGCGUGCGCUUGCGGCGAACGCCAAAUGUUUGAACCCACAGAGAACGGGGAUUGUGAACAGUGCUUGGCGGGGAUGCGAUGUUUCUUGGGAGACUUGUUCGAUCCGUCCGUGCAAUCGGUCGUUUUAUAA